AACAAAUUACGCAAUUACAAUUCUACCCCCAAUAAACCUCACACGUGUCAUUGUUUUUCUCGUAUAUAAACGAAACUAAACGCUUUCGUCUCGUAAUUGAAUGCGGUUUUUCGAUUCCAGAAACAUCUUCCAUCUUCCCUAACAUCACAAUCCAUCAAGGAACAAACAUGGCUGGUGGCAAUUUUUUGCAUAGGGUUAUCUCUUACUUUGUGAAUGAAGUGGUUGUCAAUGGUCUUGCCAAUAGCCCUGCAUUUCAGAGGUUUGCAGUGAGGACGUCAAAGAAUAUGGAAGAAAUUUCAAAAAAGGCUAUUCAGACGCAGAAAGAGUUAGCUGAGCAGCUGAAGGACCUCCCAAAAAAAAUGGAGUCUUUCAAGAACCAGCAGUGACUCAUUCAUUUUUGGCUGCUUUGCUGAAGGGAGAUAAUAAAGCCCAGAGUCUCUUUUCGAAGAUGUUGAUGAAGAGUAUGUAAAAACAAAAUUGUAGUUGAUUUUGGUUUUUAUCUAAUGGGAUGGGAUGUAAUGUAAUGGCUCUUUCAGCUUGUUUGGUAAACCAAAGACAAGAUUAGGAUACUAAUUAUAGAUUAUCAUGCUGUGUUACAGAAUUUCAUUUUGUUUUUUCAAAAGGAUGAAGGCUGAUUUCAUAUUGAUUUAUAAAUUUAAACAGUUACAAUA